UUUUUCGAAAGAAUUUGAGAUUUGAAAUCGAGACGGCACGAAAGUUAGAUGCGGGCCUGCAUAUUAGGCAUGAAUUACAAGCCCAAAUUGUAUCGCGAUGUGGAAACCAAACACAAGUUAUACGAAAAAAAACAAUAAGCGGCAAAAAUUGCAGAAUAUUGUUCUACUAUUAUUUCAAAGAUUCAAUCUUUUAAGAAGAAAAAUUCUAGAGUUUCUUCAGCAAGGUGCUUAGAGUGAUUUCCCGUGGCAAUUAAAUAUAAGCAUUGUUCUGCAAGCAGACUGCUUGCAAAUCAAACACUCUAUCCUGGUGGGAAUAUGUUCUUUCUUCUCCUUGGUGUUAUAGAAAGAAGCCGUUUUAGCUUAAAUGUUAUAACAUAGUGGGGUGAAAAUGUUUCUGGGUUACAGUUGUGAUACUAGAUAUGUCACUCUUAUUUCUUGUCCUUGCACGUACUGAAGUUCAGACACUGACAGAUGCAAAUUAUAAGCAGAAAAAGAUUAACUGCUAAGUGAAAAAAAAAAUGGGAUAUACACCAUUGACUAUGUGUUCAUAAAUUGAGGUGGCCAUUUUGGAAUUCUACUGGCAAAAGAAGUGACUCACUGAUUGGGAGGCUGAUCGCAACAUUGGCUGCAGGCAGUGUUGUAGGAGGAAGAAGAUUUAUGUGAGACUAUAAUCUUGUGUAAACAAGGAAUGAUAGUCUCUACUUUUACAUGUUAAGUUUUGCAUCUUGAGAGGAUCGAACUAGGUGCCAUUAGUUUUGUCACUGAUAGGCAUUAUUGACCAGUUAACUCUCUAGGAUGAUGAAAAGAGGUAAAGGAGUUAUCACAGCAAUUUAUGUCCAUCGUAGUUUAUUCUUAAACUUAAGGAAUUCAAGAUUUGAAAGGAUGAGGGAUCUAUAUACUGUACGGCUCCGUUGAUAACUUUCUGGAUCUUUUUUCCAUGAUUGUUGAGUCCUUCUCUAGAUCCUUUACUUCAAAUUCUGAAAUUGUAGCUUACGGGCAAAUAAGUCUAGUAUUUUAAGAUGGCCACUGAAGACGCAGAACAUUUACUUUUGCAGGGCCAUCUGAAAGGCAAUUGAUUCUGAUGUCAGCCAUGAACCUCUCCCAAUCUGAUUUGCAAUGUCUAUGUUGCUUAGUGUUUCACUUUUCUGUACCUCGCUUGUGUUUCGUCUGUGCAUUUUCCAUUGAUGAUUGUUGUCUUUUCAUGCAGACCAUAAGUGAAGGGAAACACUUUAGGAUCAGCAUGUGCUAACUAGAAUUUGUCUAAUGUCAUUUCUGUUGUAACUUAGAGAAACAGGUUUGUAAAGAUUUUUCACGACAUAGGGAGCCAUGAUUUCAAGUAGCAACUUGUUUCAUAAAACCCACUAUGAGAUCCUAGGUGUGACGGAAGAUGCAAAUUUGGAAGAAGUCCGUAAAGCCUAUCGUUCAGCCAUACUUUGUUUUCAUCCAGACAAGCAACAAAAUGCAUCAGAAACAUCUAAUUCUGAAUGUCUGACAGAGAACAAAUUUUUGGAGAUACAGAGAGCCUGGGAAACCAUUGGCAACCCCAGGUCACGUGCACUUUAUGACGCUGAAUUGCUUACUUUGAGACAGGAUGCAGCAAUAUCUGAAGAUGUCAGCUUAGAUGACCUUACAGUUCAAGAUUCUGGUGAUAUUAUAGAGCUUUCUUAUCCUUGUAGAUGUGGUGACUACUAUUUCAUCGAUUCGUUUGAGUUGGCAGACACGGGUUGUUCAAUAUCAAGAGACGGGGAAAUGGUAUCUUUGCUAACGUCUAAAUCGUUGCCAACAUCUGUUGUGCUUCCCUGUGGAUCUUGCUCUCUUAAAGUCCGCUUACUGAUCAAUGGUGAUUCUAGGCUUCCCAUAGAUGUUCACUUGUAAUUGUAACUGUUUUGGAGACACAAUUCUCUAUGAUAUUUUUGCUCAAAUUGUUGGAAAUUGAAAUGACAACAAAAAAAACAGAAAGUACGAAAUUUGUUUAGUCUUUUUUUUCCUUGGUUACUAAUUCUAAAAUGGUUUGUUGGCCACAUGACAGGGCUAUUUUUUCA